AUUCCGAAGAAAAAGGAGAAAAAAUGCAUGCGAUUUUCUCGAGCUUCUCUCGCAAGGUCGUCGUCAACGUUGGUGCUUCUUCGCAAUCGCAGCUAACCAAAAUGGUGAAGAAGAAGCCAAACCAGAGUCGCCAUCUUCUUCCUUCUCGCCUCUCAUCUCCUUCUUCAGUACCCCACUUUGUUCCUUCUGCUGUAUCGCGAUCGGCGAAAGUUCAUGGGUUCUUCGCUAGCAAGUUGGGAAACACCAACCUAAAGCUGAAAUUUGGAAAUGUUAUGGAAUCUAGAGCUGGGUUCUUCAGUUCUGAGCUUCCUAGUCAUGGAUUCGAGUCUGGUGGUUUUACUGGGUUUCAAAAGCGGGGAUGGAAGUCUUGGAUCAAUGGAGCUAAUGGUGUAGUUUUUGGACUGGUAAUAGCUAAUGCUGCUGUAUUUACAAUGUGGCGAGUUUCAGACAGGAGCUGGAUGCUAUCAACGUACAGUUUUACGAGUGGAUAUAUACACACGCUGAUAACUUCGGGUUUUAGUCAUAUUGGUACCAGUCAAAUCAUCUUGAACAUGAUUGGAAUCUCCUACUUCGGCUCCAGAAUUGCAAGAACCUUGGGACCGCUCUACCUUUUGAAGCUGUACUUUGCUGGAGCACUUGGUGGCUCUGUUUGCUUCCUGAGUUAUCACGCCCUCUUGGCUACACUCAAGGGUGAAGGAGUUGUCAUUAAGGAUCAUCAAUCAACAGCCCCCAUUUCGCAGCUGCUGGGUGCUGAUGGAUCUAUGUUUGCCAUCGCGCUUCUCGAUAUGUUCAUCUACCCAAAAGUUACAACAUACUUUGCGUUGAUGCUCCGAGUGCAUGUAAUGUUUCGAAUCAUAAACUUAGGAGUCGAGAUUUUAAAUAUUCCAGAGGGGGGACCGAACCAUAUCGCAUCGAGUUCGGGUCAGUUGGGAGGAGUUGUGGUUGCUGCCAUGGCGUGGGCACGGAUAAAGAAAGGUCGAUUUUGAUACUGAACUGAUUUGCUGCAAAAGAUUCAGUGGACCUGAUCAUCAUCAUGCAAGUUAUGUUAAACUUCGUGACAAAUGAGAUUUUUGUCAACAUUUUUUCGUUUGGGUUGGACUUUUGUUUUGUAAACUGAAACCAAGAGAUCAAUUUGAUGGGUUUGGACCGUUUGGUUACAUUGGAAACUAUUUUUUUUUCUCU